GCAGAUCAAUCUAUUAACAGUGGAAGUUCUGGGAGCUUGGGUGUCAGUAUGACCUAAUUAAACAGAGUUACACCCCUUUAAAAUUGCAUAAAGAACUUCGCUUCUGACUGUGGAGGAGUCAUUAACUGGUGAGAAGCUAAAUUGUCCUUAAGCAGCGUUCUGCAGCCCCACAAAAGUUUGAAGACUUUAGGACAAGAUAUAGAAGAAUUGUUCAUCAUUGUUUAAAAAUGGGCAAGAGAAAAUUAGCUCUGGCAUUCUCACAGAGUGACCAUCAAACACACUCUCCAGAGGACACGGCUGUCACCAAUGAACAUGUGGGUGAGAGCGACGAGAAUGUCGAGCGAGGCAACUGGUCCUCGAAGGCUGACUACUUGCUCUCAAUGAUCGGUUAUGCUGUGGGUCUGGGCAAUGUCUGGAGAUUCCCUUACCUGGCUUACAGAAAUGGAGGAGGUGCCUUUCUCAUCCCCUACGUCAUCAUGUUGAUAUUUGCAGGGAUGCCUCUGUUUUUCCUCGAAUGUGCUUUUGGGCAGUUUGCUAGUCGUGGACCUGUUGCAGUGUGGAAAGCCGUACCAAUCCUGAAAGGUGUGGGGAUCGCUAUGGUCCUUGUGUCAACAUUUGUGACCAUUUACUACAACUGCAUCAUCGCCUACAGCCUGUACUACUUGUUCGCUUCCUUCCAAUCUCCCCUGCCAUGGGCAGACUGCUUCAGUUGGUGGGGUGCAGAUGAAAAAUGCAGCAGGACUCCCAAAGAUCCGCUCUGCAAUCUCACUCUGGGUGAUGGAUAUUUUGAAAUCGUGAACACAACAUGGCUGCAUGUAAACAAUGGAACUUGUCCAAUUGGAUCAGAAAUCGAUGUUGCUCACCAGGGUCCAAGUGAGCAAUACUGGGAUAAAGUGGCUUUGGACCGUACCAGUUCAAUAGAUGAGACUGGGGAGAUAGUCUGGUAUUUAGCCCUCUGUCUGCUUCUGGCCUGGCUGAUAGUAGGGAUUGCGCUAUCUAAAGGAAUCAAAUCUUCAGGAAAGGUGGUUUAUUUCACCGCGACAUUCCCUUAUGUGGUUCUGACCAUACUCCUGAUCCGAGGUGUUACCCUGGAGGGAGCCGAUAAAGGAAUUGAUUUCUACAUUGGAAGCCAGUCAGACUUCUCCAAACUGGCUAAUGCUGAGGCCUGGAAAGAUGCUGCAACACAAAUUUUUUAUUCUAUCGCAGUGGCUUUUGGAGGCUUAACAACACUGUCAUCCUACAACAAAUUCCACAAUAACUGUUACCGAGAUACCAUCAUUGUCUGUGUUGUUAAUUGUGCUACGAGUGUGUUUGCUGGAUUUACCAUCUUCUCCAUCCUUGGACACAUGGCUCAUGUACAAGGCAGGCCUGUUUCAGAAGUUGCACAGUCAGGUUUCGGGUUGGCUUUCAUCGCCUACCCAGACGCUCUUGUACAAUUACCAGUGUCGCCUUUAUGGUCCAUUUUAUUUUUCUUCAUGCUGAUCACUCUGGGACUCGACAGUCAAUUUGCAUCUGUAGAAACAAUUAUGACUAGCUUGCAGGAUGAGUUCCCUGCACUCCUGCGAACAAAACGAUAUUAUCUGACAAGUGUCAUUUGUUUGCUGUUAUAUCUCUUCGGCCUGGUUUGCGUAACACAGGCUGGGAUUUACUGGGUGAAUUUAAUUGAUCAUUUCUGUGCUGGUUGGGGUCUCCUUAUAACUGGUGGUCUGGAGUUCAUCGGUAUUAGCUGGAUCUAUGGGGUAAACAGAUUCAUCAAGGACAUUGAGAUGAUGAUUGGGGAAAAGAAUUGGUUCUUCUGGCUGUGGUGGAGAGUGUGUUGGAUUUUUAUCUCUCCGUGUUUGCUGGCAGUAAUUUUAAUCUGGUCCUUAGCAACAUUUGCCUCACCAACAUAUGGACCUGUUGAGUACCCUGUCUGGGCAAUAGCACUUGGCUGGUGUAUGAUAAUCUUCUGUAUUAUGUGGAUCCCCAUUGUAGCCAUAAUGAAAAUUAUCCGAGCUAAGGGCUCCACCUUGUGCCAGAGAAUUACGGCUGCUUGCACAUCAGCACCAGACUGGGGUCCAUACUUGAAACAACACAGAGGGCAAAGAUACAACAACCAGCACUACCCUGAACAAAAAAUCAGCAAUGUGCAACUUCGCGAUAUACAUGAAAUAACAUCAAAUUUCUAGGGAAUAUGUUUCUGUUUAACUUGCAAUUCAUUUUUAAACAAUAAUUUUAGAGGCUGGAAAACUAUGAAGACAAAUAUCUUAUUGUAAAUAUUUUUCAUUCUGAACAAUAGUUCAAAGUGAAAAUUAUGGAAUUUUUCUGCUGAGAAUCACAUUUCUGAUGCACUUCUAGAGGUUUACAUUGAUUUUGCACGAUAAUGGCAAACACCACUCUCUAUUACAGUGCUGUUAAAAAUGACCUGGCUUACUAGAUCUACAUGAGCUUUUGAAAAAAAUUGUGAUUGAAUCACAAGCAAGUAAUUUGGAAAAUGUUUGUUACAGAUGACCCAGUUGAGAGCUUUAAGUCAAGUCACUGCCCACACUUUGCCUGUUGAAUGACUAAGUUAUGUAUAUUUUACACAUUAACUUUUGCACAACACAGGUUAAUAACCCACAGAUAUAUUGAGAAUCCAGUCAUCACUCUGUUAGGAUAGCCAAAGAUAAUGGGCAGAAUUUUGCCCUUGGUGGGUGUGUGGGCCCCACCGGCUCGGCAGCGGGCAGACAGCCAACCCCCACCACUGAAACGGGACCCGCAGCCAUUUUGAGUAGGCGGGCCAAUUAAGGCCCGCCCAGCAGCCUGCCCGACAGAAAGCGCUAUGCGCUUCCUGUGCGGAGGGGAUGAGGGGGCCGUAUCCCCAACUGUCAAAGUGCGCUCUUUUGUGCAUGCACACAAAAGAUUGCACAGCUCCCUGAGGCAAAGUCCUGUCUCAGGGAGAGCGCUGACAUGUAAGAUAAGUCAAAAACAGAAAAAUUUAAAAAUUAUUAACAUGUCCCCCUCAUGUGACAAUGUCACACGAGAUGGGACAUGUUAAUAAAAAAGGCAUAAACUUUAUUGGGCCUUUAAAAAACGGACAUGACACCUUAUCCCGCCAGUGGAUGAGGUUUCAUGUAUUAUCAGAAGCCCGCUGGGGCUCCUGCCUUAAGUUUGGACGGGUAGGGUCUUUAAUUAUCUUAAU